UUUUGUUGGUUCCCCCUUCAGGUUUCGGAGUUUAAUCUUGGAUCCUGAACCGGAACCACAGCUGCGUCAUGGCGGGCUCUGUGGCCGCCUCGGGGUUCUUCCCCAACCCAGGCUCGUCCCCGGCUUCACUGGCUAGAGGUUCCAAGAGCGCGACCGGCGAAUCACCGGAGACUUUGAGCGUUCGUGGGAUUGUCGCGAAGCCUAACACGCCUCCCGCGGCCAUGCAAGUGAAAGCUCGGGCCCAAGCGCUUCCCAAGGUUAACGGCAGCAGCAAGGUUAACCACAGGACGGCUGACAAGGACGAGACGGUGCCUUACACCAAUCCCAAGACGUUCUAUAACCAGCUGCCGGAUUGGAGCAUGCUCCUUGCAGCUGUCACGACCAUCUUCCUGGCUGCCGAGAAGCAGUGGACGAUGCUUGAUUGGAAGCCAAAGAGACCUGAUAUGCUUGUCGACACGUUUGGCUUUGGUAGAAUCAUCCAGGAUGGGCUGGUGUUUAGGCAGAACUUCUUGAUUAGAUCCUACGAGAUUGGCGCUGAUCGUACAGCUUCUAUAGAGACAUUAAUGAAUCAUAUGCAGGAAACAGCUCUUAAUCAUGUGAAGACUGCUGGUCUUCUUGGAGAUGGUUUCGGCGCUACUCCGGAAAUGAGUAAACGGAACUUGAUUUGGGUCGUCAGCAAAAUUCAACUCCUUGUAGAGCGAUAUCCCUCAUGGGAAGAUAUGGUUCAAGUCGACACAUGGGUAGCUUCUGCCGGAAAAAAUGGCAUGCGGCGAGAUUGGCAUGUCCGAGACUACAAUUCAGGCCAAACAAUCUUGAGAGCUACAAGUGUUUGGGUUAUGCUGAAUAAGAACACUAGAAGACUUUCAAAAAUGCCAGAUGAAGUUAGAGGUGAAAUAGGCCCACACUUCAACAAUGACCGUUCCGCUAUAACAGAGAAGCAGGGUGAAAAGUUGGCUAAACCAGGGGACAAAGUUAAUGACCCUUCUACCAAACAGUUCAUAAGGAAGGGACUUACUCCUAAGUGGGGUGACCUGGACGUGAACCAGCAUGUGAACAAUGUGAAGUAUAUUGGGUGGAUCCUUGAGAGUGCUCCAAUUUCAAUACUGGAAAAGCAUGAGCUUGCAAGCAUGACACUCGAAUACAGGAAGGAGUGUGACCGUGAUAGUGUGCUGCAGUCACUUACCAAUGUUUCAGGUGAAUGUGUGGAUAGUAGCUCAGGCUCUGCCAUCCAGUGCGACCAUCUGCUUCAGCUGGAGUCUGGAGCUGAUGUCGUGAAGGCACAUACAAAGUGGCGACCAAAGCGAGCACAUGGCGAAGGAAACAUGGGGCUGUUCCCAGCUGAGAGCGCAUAAUUACUUGGGAUGUCAGUACGGCAAGAAUGGAUGGUUAUGGAGUAUAAAUUACAAUCUUGCCCAGUAACACAGUACAAAUGCUUUGAUGAAGGAUUUUUUCUGUGCCGGGGAUAGGCCCACCUGCAUCUUGUGCUACACACAUGCCACAUCACACAUGGUGGCGGGUUUGGGAGGAGAAUGGUCUGAUUUGGAAACCUUGGGAGGAUGAGGAACUGCAGGCAUUGAAAAGUGGCGAAGUUGCGGUUAUAUGUGACAAGUGGGCGGCAGGUGUUGUGUGUUGUGAUGCUGCUUUGAUCGGUGAAAGAAGAAUGGGGAAGCUGGAUGUCUUUUUUGACCUGUGUGUGGCCGGAGUCAAUGAUUUGCAAUGAUAAAUAAUUUGUACUAAUUUAACCCAGCUGGACCUGGACGUGUGUGUGGAGGCGAUCCCUUGUAACAGCCUGAUUUGUACAUCCCUAUCUCUUGUUUGUUGAAUCGCAGCUCUCCUGCGUUUCCCUGAAAACAUGUGUGUUACUGCUGAGCUAACCCCCAUGCUUCAGAAUUCUCUCUGUCAAAUGAACUAUUGUGUCAAAUGAUUCAACUCAGUUUUUC